AGCGGAGACGUCACGACGCGGCAUGUCACAAUUGACGCCCCCUUUGCUCACUCGCUCAAGAGCCGCGGUACCUGACUGAGUGAAGACGGGCAAUGCCACACCUCUCUUUUGCACCUUGACUCCUUUCCAACACCUCCUUUCGCUCACUCAUUUGUCUCCCCUUUUCUCCUCUCCCCUUGUCGGUGCUAUCAUCACCAUGCCGGCCUUGACGGCUGAGCGUGUGGAGCCUACGAGACCGACGGCUCAGGUCGCAGAGGAGCUCGGCCACCGCGUGAUCACGGCUCAGCCUACGCCACUUCCUCUGCUACCCAACAUGACCGCUGUGCGACUUCCGGCAGCAGCCAUUAACCAACUCAAGCAAGAGGGCAGUGCCGUCUUUGGGCCCUACAUCGUAGCAGAAAAUGAGCAACACCACUUCCACCAAGAGCGCAGUCACCAUGAGCGAGCAGACAAGGUGCCGCACGACUGCUACACGGGCUACGGACACUUUUCGUGCUACCCUACCAAGAAGACGAAAGUCGUACAGGGACAAUGGAGCAAGUUCAUUUGGAACACAAGUGAGCCCUCAUUGACUAGCAAUGGCGGCUAUGUCGACGUAUACCUCUUCCGCCAGGACUCAAACAAGGUCGUCACCUCCUUCACGCACAUCCCAAAUGAGCAGGGCCGCGUUGCAUUCAUGCCUCAAGACUCUUGGUGGCAGGAGGACCCCGCUGCUCACCAGCUUCCAGAGGGACGCAACAAGACGUGGCCAUUCUACUUUGCCAUCACGCCGGCUGAGCAAGGACUAGAAGGCAAGGAAGGGAGCGCUAUCAGCAGGCUGGCAACUUGGCAUGCGGUUCAGACAGCUAGGCCUGCGCUUCUCGCCGCUCUCCCUUCCACCGCCACCUCCUUUCCCCCAAGCGACGCCAUCAUGCCCUCCUCCAUCCUCAUUACUCGUCCCACCGCCUACCCUCCCAGCCCUACCACAUCCAACAGCGUCAACGGCACUCUCAACACCCCCACCUCCGCAACUGAAAGGCACCACAUGCCUCACUGGGCCAUCGGUCUCGUGACGUUCUUUGCCUUGCUGCUCCUCGGUCUCACCAUUAUGCGAGGCUAUUACUUAGCUCAAGUCCGCCGUCGACAGCAUGAACGUAAGCUAGCAGCGUCGCACAAGCGUCGUGCUAUGCGCGCAUCCUUCGCCACCGCCUCUGCCUUGGUAGGUAUCCCUGUCGUAGGCGGAGCGGCCGCCGCUCAGCGCUCGAGCAGCACCACCAGCGAUGGCGAGAGAUAUGGCCGCCCUUCUACACGCAACACGGCCGUUGUUCGUAGUCGCGAAGCCAGUCCUGCGUACCGCAACUUCAUCAACAGCGGCCACGGUGACCCCAGCACGACUCUGCUGCCCGAUCAGGCAGCACUGGUGGCCCAGGCGUACCGAAGCACGCUCCGCCAGCCACCGAUCGCUGCGGGACGAUUCAACGUCAAGCAGGCUUCUUCAUCCCCUGCUCCUUCGCCUUCGCGCUCAGCAAGCCACAGGGUGGCAGUGCCCGCACGUUCGGCUUCCCUGACCGCCAUAGUGGAGAGCUCAGCGAAGACGAUCGACAAGAAAAGCACAGGCGUCGAGGAGAUGACUGAGAUCAGCAAGAGGAGCGCAUCCUUGGACGCAGGCCAGGCUCUCUUGAAGGGAGAGCUGGCUACGGAGGGAACGAGUCUACAGAAUGUGGGAGGCGUGAGGACGGCUGAAGUUGUGAAGGACGGUCGCGCUGAGAGUGAGAGCGCCACUGGCGCUGACGGCGUUGAGGAGAGCGGCAAGAGCAGGGACGAGAAUGAGGAAGAUGAGAUGGCCACGACUGGGCACGAUGGCCAGGUGGCGGAGGUCAUUCGCUGGGACGAACUUGUCAACAAGACGAAGGACGAGGACAAAGGCAAAGACAAAGAAGCUGGCACAUCCUGACCGCCUCACACGAGCAUCCAGCAAGACGGAGUUACCCCAGCGAGAUAUCGAGACCCUCACCGAGAUCAUUAAGAUACGUACAGCUCCAUUUAUACCUUAUCAUCACCACCUAUACCGCGGCGAGCGACACCCCCUUCCC